GCCUCCCGAGUGCUGGAAUUACAGGUGUGUGCCACCACGCCUGGCUUAAUUUUAAUUUUUAAAAUAUAUGUCACCCAGAAGUCUCGAAUAAGAAAGUUUUUUGGGUGUCCCUUAAGAUUUGUAGCUGGGACAACCUAGUCCCACACCCUGCAAGUCCUGUCUCUUGCUGCUUUGGGGGAGUUGUUCUGCCUCUCAGAACCUGGAUUUCCUCCUGUGUAAAAAAAGAGAGGCAACCAACCCCUGUACCUAUGCUCAGUCCUAGGAGGCUAUAACGAAGAUGCACAUCUCAGACCCAGGACAGGCUCUGGUGCACAGCAGCUUUACUCGGAUUUAUACGGGGAGGCCUGGUGUUAGGCCUGGGUUUGGUGAGAGGGUCCCAAAAUGGCGGUGACCUAGCUCUGCCCUUGGGAGCUGGCCCAGCGGCCUCAAACUUCCUGCUGCUUCUCCUGAAAGAAAGGCUUUUUUUCCCCCACUCCCGGCCUGGGCCUGAUGACCCCACAAGGCCCUUGGGGGUGGAACCCACGGCUGCUCGCUGUGGCCUCCCUGGCUCCCAGCACCUUCCAUCCCGGCUGCCCAGGCCGCCUCCGCCUCCCCGCCCCUCUCCCGCUGGCGGAGGCCAUGGCUCCUGGGCUGCCAUGAGGCCUGCUCUGCAGGGCUGAAGUCCAAAGUUCAGUCCCUUGCUAAGCACACGGAUAAAUAUGAACCUUGGAGAAUUUCCCCAGCUCCAAUGUAAAUAGAGCAGGCAGGGGCCCUGAUUCACCGGCCUCUGGGGCCAGGGUUGGGGGUUGGGGGUGCCCAAGGGCUUGGCUAGUGGGGUUUGGGGGGGCAGUGGGUGCAAGGAGCCUGGCUUGUGACUGCCAGCCGACCGGCAAGUAGACGGCCUGCGCGGUGGGUGGGGGAGGCGGCCAGCCCGGUGGCCCCGGGCCGCGUGGCCGCUGGUGGCCGAGCCAUGGUUUCUAAACUGAGCCAGCUGCAGGCAGAGCUCCUGGCGGCCCUGCUCGAGUCGGGCCUGAGCAAAGAGGCGCUGAUCCAGGCCUUGGGCGAGCCGGGCCCCUACCUGCUGGCUGGAGACGGGCCCCUGGACAAGGGCGAGAGCUGCGGCGGGAGCCGAGGGGAGCUGGCCGAGCUGCCCAAUGGGCUGGGGGAGACGCGGGGCUCCGAGGACGAGACGGACGACGAUGGGGAAGACUUCACACCGCCCAUCCUCAAGGAGCUGGAGAACCUCAGCCCCGAGGAGGCCGCCCACCAGAAAGCGGUGGUGGAGACCCUUCUGCAGGAGGACCCGUGGCGCGUGGCGAAGAUGGUCAAGUCCUACCUGCAGCAGCACAACAUCCCGCAGCGGGAGGUGGUGGACACCACCGGCCUCAACCAGUCCCACCUCUCCCAGCACCUCAACAAGGGGACCCCCAUGAAGACGCAGAAGCGCGCCGCCCUGUACACCUGGUACGUCCGAAAGCAGCGAGAGGUGGCGCAGCAGUUCACUCACGCAGGGCAGGGCGGGCUGAUUGAGGAGCCCACUGGUGAUGAGCUGCCUACGAAGAAGGGGCGGAGGAACCGUUUCAAGUGGGGUCCAGCUUCCCAGCAGAUCCUGUUCCAGGCCUACGAGAGGCAGAAGAAUCCCAGCAAGGAGGAGCGAGAGACCUUGGUGGAGGAGUGCAAUCGGGCAGAGUGCAUCCAGAGAGGGGUGUCACCAUCACAGGCUCAGGGGCUGGGCUCCAACCUCGUCACCGAGGUGCGUGUCUACAACUGGUUUGCCAACCGGCGCAAGGAAGAAGCUUUUCGGCACAAGCUAGCCAUGGACACGUACAGCGGACCCCCACCGGGGCCUGGCCCGGGGCCUGCGCUGCCGGCCCACAGCUCCCCCGGCCUGCCGCCGCCAGCGCUCUCCCCCAGUAAGGUCCACGGUGUGCGCUACGGACAGCCUGCGGCCAGUGAGGCGGCAGAGGUGCCCUCCAGCAGUGGCGCUCCCUUAGUGACAGUGUCUACACCCUUGCACCAAGUGUCCCCCACAGGCCUGGAGCCCAGCCACAGCCUGCUGAGCACCGAAGCCAAGCUGGUCUCAGCUACUGGGGGCCCCCUGCCUCCCGUCAGCACCCUGACAGCCCUGCAUAGCUUGGAGCAGACAUCCCCAGGCCUCAACCAGCAGCCCCAGAACCUCAUCAUGGCCUCGCUGCCCGGCGUCAUGGCCAUUGGGCCCGGUGAGCCCGCCUCUCUGGGCCCCACGUUCACCAACACAGGUGCCUCCACCCUGGUCAUUGGCCUGGCCUCCACUCAGGCCCAGAGUGUGCCCGUCAUCAACAGCAUGGGCAGCAGCCUGACCACCCUGCAGCCAGUCCAGUUCUCCCAGCCGCUGCACCCCUCUUACCAGCAGCCUCUCAUGCCACCCGUGCAGAGCCAUGUAGCCCAGAGCCCCUUCAUGGCCACCAUGGCCCAGCUGCAGAGCCCCCAUGCCCUGUACAGCCACAAGCCCGACGUAGCCCAGUACACACACACAGGGCUGCUUCAGCAGACCAUGCUCAUCACUGACACCACCAACCUGAGCGCCCUCGCCAGCCUCACACCCACCAAGCAGGUCUUCACCUCAGACACCGAGGCCUCCAGCGAGUCGGGGCUUCAUGGACCAGCGUCCCCGGCCACCACCAUCCACAUCCCCAGCCAGGACCCUGCUGGCAUCCAGCACCUGCAGCCUGCCCACCGGCUCAGCACCAGCCCCACGGUGUCCUCCAGCAGCCUGGUGUUGUACCAGAGCUCCGACUCUACCAACGGCCACAGCCACCUGCUGCCAUCCAACCACAGCGUCAUUGAGACCUUCAUCUCCACUCAGAUGGCUUCCUCCUCCCAGUAACUAUGGCAACUGCCUCCCAGGCGCUGCAGCCUGCCUUGCCUGCUGAGGGCGUGAGGACAGCAGCCACCACUGAUGCCUGGGGUACACAGGCUUCCCAAGCUUCCACUGCCCUCCCUGGAAACCUCUGCCUUGGUCCCCACCUUGCUCUGCCAGCAUCAAAAGGGGACAGAUCACCUGAAGAGGGCUGUGAGUUGCACAAGAGAGGACCCUGGAGAGCUGGGCAGCACAGCUUGUUCCUGGAAGGACUCUGCAGGGACUAUCCUGGUACUUGGGAUAAAAGACCUGUUACCUGGAACGAAGCGGGCAGCUUUUGACUCUGGCAUCACCGGUCUGGACCUGUGGGAAGCCCAGGGCCCAACAAGAGCCCCUGGUGGUCAGAACUCUCACUACACAAGCUUGAGUAGCUGUGACUCACUGCGCUCUAAGAGACCCUGGAUCAACGUGGUCAUGUCACUGCUGCACCCACCAGGUCAACCACCCUGCCCCAGCUCUUCCAGCCAGUGACCCCGUUUGUUCCUCUGCACCACCCUCCUGCAUACGCACCCCAGUGGCUGCUCUGUGCCAGGGCCUGGAGCUCUGAUGCCCAUGGUGGGGGCGGGGGGGGGGGGCUCAGGCUAAGCAGGCUAAGCAGGCAGACAAGCAGUGCUCUCCCUCCUCGUCCAGUAGGAGCACAUCUCAUGGACAUCUGUUCCCCUCAUCAGCCUGCCUCUACUAAUUAGGCCACUUCAGGGCUAAGAAGUUAUUCUUGCUCUUGUGGGUGCCCUAUGACUUGUGCCAAGUCCAGGUUCCACAGCAGCAGCUUCUGCAGACUCAGGGACCUACGGACCCUUUCCUUGCCUGGGAGACACUGCUGAGGUCAGCGGGAAGCAGGGCCUGAGCAACGGGCAGAGCUGAGAUGUCCAGAGGCAAAGAGCAGGGACAUCAGCAGACAGAGGCUCCCGUGUGGCCCGGACUGAUGCUUGGGGGCCCCAGGGAACUGGCAACCGCCCUGAGGAGUCUGAGUCCUUGGUGACACUGGGAGGGACAAAGCAGCCGUGUGAACCCAGGGAAGGGGUGACCUCAUGUGCUUGGGCCCACUGCAGAGAACCUGAGCCUCUGUGAGCUGCCUGCAGCUGGGCCUGAGGACGGGCGCAGGGAGAGCUGCACCCCUUGCAGCUUGUAGCCAGUUAUGGGUAAGGCUGGACAUUUAUUUAACUUUUAGUAAAGUCAAUGAGAAAUGUACAUAAA